GUAUUCUUAGGAUGAACCAAGACCUGCCAAACUUUUGAGACAGCUCACGGCUUAAAGGAAGGCUCAUCUAAAUAAAGGCCGGCUAAAGUGACAUUGCAGGGAUUUAAUCCUUCUCUGGCUGCCCGUGUGACCAGAGGGCUGGUUUGCAAGUUUCUUCUUUCCUGGGGUCCAGCUUAUUAGGUCUCCAGGGCAGCAGAACAGCAAGAGAAGCGCAAAAUGAAGGUCAGAGAUAAGCACCGGAGACAGGGACUUGGGGGGCUCUCGGGGGCUUUUACACACCAGAGUGCAAGAUCCCCGGGACAUCAAGGGAAAUAGCAAACUGGAGCCUUUGACCUGGGUACAGCCACCUACCCCAGAGCAUCAGACUACACGUUGUCGCCCGAAAAUUCCUGGAAUCCCAUAGGGAAGGGGCUGUGGUAACUGGAUGUGUGCCUCAUUGCACGGUUUGAGCGGCAGGUUCAACGUAGGGGAAGGUGGGAAACGUCUCGAGUGAGGCAAGGGAGGAGAGCGGCUUGGGGCUGGGCCGGCCGGACCUGGCUGCCGCGCUCGCCCGGUGCGUCUCGCUGAAGCCCAGAGGGAGGCUGCUCCAGCUGUCGCGGACUCCGCGCGCUGGCUGUCCUCGGCUCGCACCCCGCAGCCACCGGGCCCCCUGCGCCCCUCUGCAACCUGCCCUCGACCCCUGGCUCCUGGCUGACAUGGAGACGUGAGCCUGCGGGGGACGAUGACUGCAGUGUGCGCGAAUGGAGGCGGCCUGGUGAACCCCCACUACGCCAGGUGGGACCGGCGCGACAGCGUGGAAAGUGGCUGUCAGACGGAGUGCAGCAAGGAGGGUGAGGAGGGAGAGCCCCAGCAGCUGACGCCCUUCGAGAAGCUGACUCAGGACAUGUCCCAAGAUGAGAAGGUGAUGAGGGACAUCACGCUGGGGAAACGCAUAGGCUUCUACCGAAUUCGAGGGGAAAUCGGAAGUGGAAACUUUUCCCAAGUCAAGCUCGGAAUUCACUCCCUAACCAAAGAAAAGGUGGCCAUCAAGAUCCUGGACAAGACCAAGUUAGACCAGAAAACUCAAAGGCUACUGUCCAGAGAAAUCUCCAGCAUGGAAAAACUGCACCAUCCCAAUAUCAUCCGCCUUUAUGAAGUGGUGGAGACCCUAUCCAAGCUCCACUUGGUGAUGGAGUAUGCAGGGGGUGGGGAGCUAUUUGGGAAGAUUAGCACCGAAGGGAAGCUCUCCGAAUCAGAAAGCAAGCUCGUCUUCUCCCAGAUCGUGUCUGCCGUGAAGCACAUGCAUGAAAACCAAAUUAUUCACAGAGAUCUGAAGGCAGAAAAUGUAUUCUACACCAGUGGUACUUGUGUGAAGGUGGGCGACUUUGGAUUCAGCACAGUAAGUAAAAAAGGUGAAAUGCUGAACACUUUCUGUGGGUCUCCUCCCUAUGCUGCACCUGAACUCUUCCGAGACGAGCACUACGUCGGCAUUUAUGUGGACAUCUGGGCCUUGGGGGUGCUUUUGUACUUCAUGGUGACGGGCACCAUGCCAUUUCGGGCGGAGACUGUGGCCAAACUGAAAAAGAGCAUCCUGGAGGGCGCAUACAGCGUGCCUUCACAUGUGUCGGAGCCCUGCCACCGGCUCAUCCGAGGAGUCCUUCAGCCGACCCCCACGGAGAGGCACGGGAUCGACUGCAUCAUGAACGACGAAUGGAUGCAAGGGGUGCCAUACCCCACCCCUCUGGAACCUUUCCACCUGGAUCCCAAACACCUGUCAGAAACCAGCCCCCUCAAAGAAGAAGAAUGUGAGGUCAAAAGCACGUUAGAGCAUUUGGGUAUCACAGAAGAGCAUAUUCGGAAUAACCAAGGCAGAGACGCUCGCAGCUCCAUCACAGGGGUCUACAGAAUCAUUUUACAUAGAGUCCAGAGGAAAAAGGCUUUGGAAAGUGUCCCAGUGAUGAUGCUACCAGACCCUAAAGAAAGAGACCUAAAGAAAGGAUCCCGUGUCUACAGAGGCAUAAGACACACAUCCAAAUUUUGCUCAAUUUUAUAAAUUACAUUAGACUGCUGGUCUUUAACCAAGAUCAUUAUUGCUUUUAAAUUUUUUCAUGGACAACCUGAGUGGAUAAAUUUUUGUAAUUUUUAAAUAAAUUUAAAUUUGAGAUA